AGCCGCUGGGCUCAAGUUGUGCUGGAGCGCCCAGUGCCAAAUGCGAAUUCAUGCUCCUCUUAAAUUGCCUUGAAUUGACUCUGCUUGAUGGGUUCUGACAGUGAUAGUCACAGUGACGCCUCGAGUGUAGUUGCCAUAGACGAAGCGAAUGUCGAAGAUGCAGCGGAAGAGAUCAACAUCAAUAUCUUCGAGGAGCUCCGCCUUCCAAAGGAUACCGUCAGUUCCAUGCUGCAGGCGUGGCAGCGGUUCCUUUCUUGCUUCGAUACGAGGGAGGCCUGCGGUUCGGCAUUGUAUGGAGUUGUCUUUGAGAGCGUGCCGUCACUUCAGACACUCUUCAAGACCCCCAAGGUCAUACAGGCACUGCGCAUGAUCGACGAGCUCGACAAUUUGGUCAAGCACCUGCAAAAGCCCAAAGAGCUCAAGCAGUACGCAGAGUCCAUCGCCUUCCGCCACCUCAAUUUCGAGGUCACUGUGCCGCGAGCAAUGAUCUUCAGAGAUGCGUUGGUGGAUUGUUUGAAAGCGGAGCUUUGCGAUGACUUGUCCGAAGAGGCAAGGAUGGGGUUCAUGGCGCUCUUCGGGUGGGUCGGAGGGGCCCACAUCUACACCAAGACUACGUAUGGUGACCGGCUGAAAAUCCUCCGCGAAAGCUGGACGAAGGUCAGCAGCAGGGAGAAGAACGAGGAGGUGGCCAGGAUAAUAGCGGAAGAUGUGGCUCAAACCGCAAACAAGGAGGAGGAGGAGAAGGGCGAGAAGAGUGCCAAUGACGAUGCGAGUGAGGGCUCGGUCAGCGAAGACUUUUCAGAUCAUGUCGUGGCCACCAAGCAGGAGGAGUCUCAGGGCUGCUGCGCCUUCUUGCGCCGAAGGGGUCUCGGCUCCAGUGCUGCCCCUUCCGCCGGUGGAAAGGACGGCUCGUCCAGGAAAAAUGUUGCAGAUGGGGCGGAGCGCACUGCUGGCAAUGCAUCGAACGCCAUGGUGGUUCCCAUGACCUUUUCUGACAUGUUCAGAUUCAACGCGCAGGUGAUGGGAUUUGGCGUUGGCGGGUGGAUGGAUCAGAUCCUGCAUUCCUUGGGCGACAUAGUCAUGAAUGCUGCAGAUGCUACGCGUCUUCAUGAAGAGUGUGAUUUACUGUCACUGCGGAUCGACAAGGUGUCAACCGGUCAAGUGCCGAACUUGUCGCAGUUCAAGUCAUGCAUGCUGGCUUCGUUGCGGUCUCUUCUUCCAAAGGAAUGGGAUACUAACUACGAAGUUGCUUGGAACUGGCUGUGGGACAAUGUGGCACAGCUGCUGGUGAAGACGUUGGGCAGCUCCAUGCAGUGGGAGGCGGCGGUGAACACUUUCUUCGCAUCGCUGGCAGACGAUACUCGUUACGAGCUUCGUGCCUCGAUCUACGACCGCUUCUUCGCUUCCACCCCUGCCGGGCAAGAAUAUUUCAAGCAAUCUGACACACGUUUGCACUUCAUCGUGGAGAAGGUUUUCACAUUCUCCAUGGAGAUCUACGCGGAUCCAUGGCAGUUGAUCGAUGAUCUGUCGGCCUUGGGGCUGCGGCACGUCGGCUACGGCGUGCCGACUGACAUGUUUGCGCCUUUUGUAAAUGCGUGCGUGGACGUGAUCAAGGGGGCAACGGAAGAUGGCAUCGCCGUAAUUGGCUUUCGGACGUCCUUGGGCAUCGUCGCCAAGCAAUUGGUUCGAACGGUAGCAGAGGGAUCCACAAUCGUAAUGAAGGCUGUCAAUGCCAACUCCCGCAAGAUGCUGCAGCGCGCCAUCAGCUGCGCACCGCGCGGGCAGCGCUUCCAGUGGCUUCUGAAGGUGCAGGUGGGAACACAGUCCAUUAGCCCGUUGUACUGGGCCAUUGAGAGCGGCAAUGUUGCGGCGGCAGAUGAGAUUAUCAAGGACUUGUUGGCUUUUCGUGCGGAUCGUGAAAGAUAUUAUUAUGGCAAUGAUGCCCUUUUCGAGCGCCACCAGGACAUCAUCAAUCGACUCUGCCGAGAGGCUCCGAUGCUGAUGCCCACUUUGCUUGACGGCUUGAUUUGGCGGUCUGCUCGCACGGAGCGUGGCCGGCGCAGAGUGAACUACUACGUCAAGCACUUGGUAGUGAAUCAGGAGGGAGACGCUGCCGAGUUUUUGCGCGAGAUUUGCACCAUCAAAGAUCCAAAGAUCAUGGUUCACCCAGUGGUGGUGACAGUGUCAGACACCCUGUGGAAUGGCUUGGUUCGGAAUCAUUUCUUGCUGUCCCGCCUUUGGUUUUUGGCGAGCUUGCUCAUUUUCAUGUUGAGUGAAGCGAUUCUGCCCAAAGAGCCCGAUAUCUCAUCGAUUUGGGAAGUGCGACUUGUUGUGUUCUUUGGGCGGACCUUUAUGUACGGCGUCACGAUGACCAGACUGCUUAUCAGAUUUGCCUGGAAAUCCUGCAAAGACAUCCGCCGUCGCAAAACCUUCAAGUUCAUGGGAAUUCCAUUGCCCAAGCACCUGCACAAUGCGAUGGCAGUGGGGAAUUUGGCGCUAGCGGUCCUUCUAAUGCUCAUGUGCACCUAUGAACCGAUGUAUCAGUGCCUGGUUUCAGUACCAAAAGAUUGGCCAACAAUGGACUGCGAAGACGCUGAGGACAUCCGAUGGACAUAUUCAGCCCUGGGACUGCUGGCCAUGGCAGUGCAUUGGUCCUUGAUGGUGGACCUCGCUGUGUUCUCCACGGGUCUUUCGGCCUUCGUUCUGGUGUGCGCUCAGGUGCUGAGCGAGAUCGGUCGGUUCCUUGUGGCACUGAUCUUCUUGCUGCUGACCUUCGGAAGUGCAAUCAGCGUGCUGGAGCAUCCAUACUUUGAGAUGCGAGACAUUCCGAACUCGGUGCUGUGUCUUUUUUCCAUUACCAUCCUACUCUACGAGGAUGAUUACAGAACUCUCAUGGAGGAACCAGCUUUGCUGACCGCUGUACUUUUGUUUGUUUUGGCAUCCUCCAUUCUUCUGAUGAAUUUGCUGAUUGCCCAGCUUAACAGCUCGUAUGUCUACAUUUACCAGGACAUGGUCGGCUUCGCGCGGCUGAAUCGAGCUCAGAAGAUUGUGGAGGCUCUGGCGAACGUCAACAAGCAGCACUGGUCGACUUUCGUCAGCAGCUUGUGCUUCGACCAGCCCUUGGAAUUCAACCAGGGAGACGUGGGGGUUGCUGGCGGCAUUCAGAUCACAGAGCCCGCCAGCGAGCAUCUGGUUCUCAAGGAUUCCAUCUUGCGCUUUGGCGGGUCUUGCUCCAUGGAGCUUGAAUGGCCCGAAGAGGCUAAGAAGAGCGAAGAUUUGGACAAACUGACCAAGAUAGAAAAGUUGGCCAAAAAGGUUCUGCGUCGAGUCGCUCAGGAGGCCAGGAAUGGAAGGACCUCCAAGGGAUCCAACCAGGGACACGGGCCAGGGACCAGUUCAGUGAGUUCUGGCCAGAAUGAGAGUCGCGCUGGGAUGUCCUUGGCUGAUGACUAGUGCGCCAGAGGCUGGCGCUUGCAUUCUGUGUCAGGCAUGCUUAUACGGUUCCCAGGUGUGCAAGCGUUUCACCGCCUGCAUCUGUAGCAGGGAAGGAACAAAGCAACUGGAUGC